AUGAUUACAGGUGAUCGAUACAUCUCGCCAGACUCCAGCUACGAGACACUUACCCACAUGAUCCGUUUGAAAAUGAAAGAUGAUGCUCAUAUGGAGGCAUAUCUAGCUGAGAUGAUGUACCUAUUGAAGAGACCUAAUCGGGUAGAAUACGAGUUUGAAUUAAUUGAACCUAACACCAAAUCCGGAUCUGAGCCUGAUGGCGGUACCGCUUCUGGGACCGCUGGUACUGCUUCUGAUUCUGGUUCUGGUGCCGGCACCCAAAUUAAUGCUCGUUCACCCUCUCGCGGCCGUGGCGUAUGCCCAACACGAUUCUCUGGUCCCCGCUACAGCUAUGGCAUCGGUUUCCCCUACGGACGCGGCUCCCGCUUCAGCUACGGUGCCCGCUAUGGUUCACGGUUCGGCUCCGACCCCCGCUACGGCACCGACUCUCGCAACGGCUCGGACAACCGCUAUAGCUACGGUGCUCGUAUCGCUUCUCGCCAUGGUUCUGGGUCCCGGUACGGUUCUAACUUCCGCUAA